UUCCUCAUUUCCCACUUUCCUAUAUAUAUAACUCGCUUCACCUCAGCUUCUUCAUAUUCCACUCUUCUUUUACCCCCAUUUCAUUGACCAGCUUUCCAUAGUCUUUUCUCUUUUCUCAGUUUCAGCUUCCAUGUCGGAGAAACAAGGCUUGAAUGGAGCCUACUACGGCCCAUCCAUCCCGCCCAAGAGGGAGUCAUACCAAAGCGUCGGCCGCGGCGGAGGUCCCCUCGGCUGCUGCUGCAGCUGUAUCUUCGGCCUCGUCUUCAAGCUCAUCGUCACCGCCAUCGUCUUCAUGGGCCUCGCCUUCUUCGUCUUCUGGCUCAUAGUCAAACCUAACCGUGUCAAGUUCCACGUCACCGACGCCGCCCUCACCCAGUUCAACUACUCCUCCGACAACAACCUCCACUACAACCUCGGCCUCAACCUCACCAUCCGAAACCCUAACAAAAAGCUCGGCAUCUACUACGACCGCAUCGAAGCCAGAGCUAACUACGAGGGCCAGAGGUUCAGCACGAUCACUCUCACCCCGUUUUACCAAGGACACAAAACCACCAACGUUUUGAACCCCGUGUUCAAUGGACAGCAGUUGCUUGUUGGGUCCAAUUUGCAGUCGGAGUAUCAAAAGCAGACGAGUGAAGGAGUUUACGAGAUUGAGAUGAAGCUUUACUUGAGGAUCCGGUUCAAGUUCGGUCGGAUCAAGACCGGAAAGUUCAAGCCCAGAGUUGAAUGUGACUUGAAGGUUCCUUUGAGUACGAAUGGGAAUUCGGCAACUACUUUUGAGACCAAGAGGUGCAAAAUUGAUUACUUCAAUUAGAGUCCUUCUAGCUGAUCAUCUACGGCGGCCGAGGAAGAGAUCCGAUCCAGUCUCUUCUUAUCUUUUCGCAUUUGCUUUUGUCACUAUUCUUUUGUUUCUUUUUUUGGCGUUAUUAUUACUAUUAUAUCUCGUUUAUACACAGAUUAUGAGUAUAUGAUGACGAUUUAGUGAUCAGAUCUUUGGACUAUAAAUAAAUGACGACUUUAGUGGUUAGUGCUUUGCUA